AGGGGGAGAGGAGGGAGAUGAGAUGUUUGCACCCUGCCUCAGCCUUUUCACAAUGCCUUGAAAUAUCUUACUUUUGAUCAGUUCAUUUCCCAGCUGACAGAUUCGCACACACACACUCUCACACACAGCAGCAACAGUGGUGGUGGCAGCAGCAGAAGCAGCAAUGGGCUCAGCCUGGAGGUCUGACAAUUAGACAGAUCUCUUUCCAGACACACACACAGCCACCUCCUCCCCCUGAGCCCAGCUGGGGGGCUCUCAUUCCUGCUUGGGGGGCUGUGUGAUUUCUUCUUGACGGGUCCAUGGAGAAAGUCCAAGGGGAGAACGACAUGGAGCGAUGGGAGAGGCUGGAAGAUAUAACUGAGAGUGAGAGAGGUGUCAUCAAGGAAACCUGGGCACGGGUAUACACCAACUGCGAGGAUGUCGGAGUCUCUAUACUGAUCAGGUUCUUUGUCAACUUUCCAUCCGCCAAGCAGCACUUCAGCCAGUUUAAGCACAUGGAGGACCCUUUGGAGAUGGAAGGCAGUAUGCAGCUUCGUAAGCAUGCCCGGCGGGUGAUGGGUGCUGUCAACAGUGUGGUGGAAAACCUCGGAGACCCAGAGAAAGUGACUACUGUUCUGUCAAUUGUAGGAAAGAGCCACGCUCUCAAACACAAAGUGGAGCCUGUCUAUUUCAAGAUUCUGACUGGGGUAAUGCUGGAGGUCAUUGCAGAAGAGUACGCCAAAGAUUUCACCCCCGACGUACAGCUAGCUUGGAACAAACUUCGAAGCCUCAUAUACAGCCAAGUACAGUCCGCAUACAAGGAGGUGGGCUGGACACAGUACCCCAGUAAUUCUGUGUGAGCCCUCCCUGAGUAUCUCCCAAUGAUGGCCUAAUAAGGACUCCUGGCCCUGGCUGUCUCAGACCAAAUUUAUCUGGGGCAGGUGAAGCAGAGAAAGUUUUAGGGUGGGUGGGAUAUUACAAUUGUUGCUGCUAGUGGGGUUUAAAACAUAUUAAUUGUAUGGGUGGGAAGGGGACAACAGGGGUGGAUUAGAAUUAAAGGGCCAGGAAGAGAUAUUUUUUCAUAUGCCAGUAAUUUUCCGGAUUUGGGCAUACUGUUAUCCUUAAACAUUUAUUACUCUUUCCUUAGUAAAAUCAAGGAAAUAUCAUUACAAAAAUGUCUGUAAAAAUGUGAAAGUCUUCUGGGGGGAAAUAGAGAAAGGGCAGAGAUAUAUGAAAUAGAUUCUAAUAACCAAUAUAUAUUAUAUCCAGCAUGUUCAGCUAUAUUACAGUCUUUCCUGUUAUAUUUUGUUUACAAACAUAUACAGUCUGCAGCCAACCAGUUGUUUACAUGUAACUCCCAACAGACUACAACAAUAGUGUUAAGAGAUAAAAAGCUGUAGGGCUGCAUGUUGGACAUCCCUGCUCUAUUUCAUGCAUUAUUCAGGUUUUUGAGUGCAUUCCGCAUUCUGAGAAAUAUUACAUUAUAUAUAUAUAUAUAUAUAUAUAUAUAUAUAUAUAUAUAUAUAUAUAUAUAUAUAUAUAGCAAAACCAAAAGCUGCUGUUUGGGGCAGGAAAUAGUAUCUGGAAUUAAAUGGGUUGGCUGUUCCAUGUUGUUAACCUUCUAAUCACUUGAUGUCUCCUGAUUCGCCAUCUCUUCUUGUUCUUGGAGUGACUUUGAUGACAUCAUCUGAGAGACAUCCCUUUGCUGUUGUCAGUUUCAGAAGGACCAAAACUGGAAAGUCUUUUCGGGGGAAAUAGUAGAUAAAUAGAUUAAAAAAAUAGAAGCAGAUCAGCUAAAAUUGCCAUGUCUGUGCCAAAUGUGUUACACAAAUAAAUGAUUGUCCACAGUACAUUAAUGAAAUGGACCACCCCCCCCCCCCCAUUCUGGAUUAUACCAAUUUCAUCUUCGGGUUGCUAGAGAGGUUUUCACAAGGUGCCAUAUGAAUUUUUUGAGUGGUGUGGAGAGAAUUAAGUUGUGAAUGGGAUGGGAGAAAAAGAAUUUCUGGGACAGACCCAGUUGUAUUCAUUUAUGGGCUAUCAGAUGUUGUGUCAUAAUAUGUCAGUCCUUAUAUUACUCCGUUUUACUGUAACCUAGAAAUAAAUAUAUCUAUAUAUAUAUA